UCUGGCUCUCUGCAAGUUGAGCAACAGCGAUACGUCGAGAGCGAGCAAGUUGCUGCACGGAUCUCCCGGAGCUGCACCUAACUUGAGAUCAAGAAUGCUGAGAAGAGGAUGAAUCCCCCAGGUCAUCUGAGACAUCCACGUGUCUUUGCUGCUGUCCCUCCCCGACAGCCCUCUUGUCCCACCGGGGACAGACCAUCUGCCUCCCCACGCUGGCCCCCGUGCCCCUGCCCCAAGUAGUGUCCAUCCCAGAGGGGAGGAAAGUCGAGCCAGCCCCUGUAAAUAUGCCCGGAUGGAGGUUUCAGUGGCGUCUCGUCCUGCUGAACUCCCUGGCCUGUGGCCUGGAGAUCUGUGUGGCAGCUGGGAUCACAUACGUGCCCCCCCUGCUGCUGGAGGCUGGAGUGGAGGAGCGCUACAUGACCAUGGUGCUAGGUAUUGGUCCAGUGCUCGGCCUCCUAUUCAUCCCUCUGAUUGGCUCUGCCAGCGACCACUGCCACAGCAGUUAUGGCAGACGACGGCCCUUCAUCUGGCUGCUGUCUUUCGGAGUCCUUCUGGCGCUUUUCAUCAUUCCCCACGCCGACAUACUGGCUGCACGCCUUUCCUGGGGAGGCCGCACCUUCCAGGUGGGCUUCCUUAUCGCUGGGGUGGGGCUCCUUGACUUUUGUGGACAAUUGUGCUUUACACCACUGGAGGCUCUUUUGUCGGACCUGUAUCUGGACGAGGAGGACUACAGCCAAGCUUUUGCCAUGUUCUCCUGCAUGAUCAGCCUGGGAGGCUGUGUGGGCUAUCUGCUCCCAGCACUGGACUGGAGUCGUAGCAUACUCUCUGUUUACCUAGGAGGCCAGGCCGAGUGCCUCUUCUCCCUUCUUAUCCUCAUCUUCACCUCCAGCGUGCUCAUCACCAUGAAGGUGUCUGAGGAACCCUCGUGUGCCAGCAGUGGCUCGGGGGGGUCUGGAUCUUUACUGGAUUCGGGAGCCGGUGCGAUAGAGGCCGGCCGGUGCGGCGUGCCGCGCUCUUGCUGCUACCUGCUGAAGUGCAACCUGAGGUUGCUGAAGUCUGGACCCUUGAUGUGCCUGCUGAGAACAUGCUGGUCCAUGACUCCGGCCAUCUACAGGAGCUACUGCCAUGUACCGCGGGUGAUGAGGCAGCUGUGUGCGGCUCAGCUAUGCAGCUGGAUAGCUGUCAUGUCUUUCAUGCUUUUCUACACAGACUUUGUGGGGGAAGGCCUGUACGAGGGCGUGCCCCGUGCAUCACCAGGGAGUUUGUCCAAGCAAAGAUACGAUGAAGGUGUCCGUAUGGGCAGUAUGGGCCUGUUCUUGCAAUGUGCUACCUCAACCUUCUUCUCCCUGGUCAUGAAUCGUUUGGUUCGCCGUUUUGGCCCACGGUGGGUCUACAUAAGCAGCAUGGUGACCUUCACAGUCUCUGCUUUGGUCAUCUGCCUGUCAAAAAGUGUGGUCUUGGUCACUAUAAUGGCGUCCCUCACUGGCUAUGCGUACGCCACACUGCAGACUAUGCCCUACACACUCACCUGUAUGUACCACAAGGAGAAAGAGAUCUAUAUGCCAAAAAGGAAAGUCCAAAGCAUGCAUAUAAAUGGUAUUACAGCCAAGCGGGAUUCUUUGUAUUUGACUCCUGGGGAAGAGGAGGACAGAUUAAACCACAAAACGGGGACUCCCUACGGGCACGCCUUCUUAAGCCAGCCACACAUCCAGAAUGGCUCAUCUCACAGCUCCGGUGGCACGGAACAUGAAGAGACCGAGUCGGGGUAUGAGAAACGUGGCGUGGGUUUAGACUUUGCCAUCUUAGACAGCACCUUCCUCCUCUCUCAGGUUUUCCCCACCCUCUUCAUGGGCAUGAUCGUUCACUUCGCACAGUCAGUCACCGCCUAUAUCGCCUGCUCCGUCAUCUUCGGUUCCAUCGCCAUCUACUUGGCUGGUCAUAUCAUCUUUGACCAAAAGGAUCUCAAAAACUGAGACUUGGAUGCAAAAGAUGUGGAAGCGAUUGGAAUCACAAAUAAUCAAUUAUUCCUUCAGGUUCCAUAGGCGGAACUCAACGAUGCACUACCGUUUCCAGAAUGCCUUGCUCUAGUACCGUGUGAUUGCACUUAUAAAAGCUCUGUGUUGGGAAGUCCGUGUCAGGUUAUAAGAAAAAGCAGUUUCAGAGAUGGGGCAGGUAUUGUUACCUGAAGAGUCAACACCAACUGUGUCCUCAGGUCAGGUGUGGUACUCUAUUGAAUGCAAUUGAAUUCUAUAGAAAUCUCUCUAAAAACCUUUUUGUUGUGACAUCUUUUCUAUUCAUCGUCUCCUUCCUCAGGUACCACAAACAGAUUUACUGUAGAACUCAUCGACCUCAUAUACAAACCUUCUUAGCUUUUUAUGGGUUUUUAAAUGAUUUCAUCCUGAGCUAUCUGCAAUUUUUAAUAGAACAGCCUUUUUGAUUCCUCAAAACAACAACAUUUUAAAAAUAGUGUUGUUUUUUUAUAAACUCAUCUGCAGCACCACUAAGCCAGUCUGGAGACUAGUCAUAAUUUUAUUGAGACAGGCCUGUCUUUUUUUUCACAAAAGAAGAACGGAUAGAUAAAUGGAUAGUUUCUACCUUUUCAUAAAAAAAGAAUUACAAGUGGGAUCAUACAAGAUAAGAAAAAACGUGCAUAUUGCAGACAUUUCUCAUAACACAACAGUUUAUCAUCUUUCAUUAGACCUUCCCUAGCUGUUAAAGGGCCAGUGUGUAGCAUUUCGGUUACCUUGCAUGGCAGCUGGAAUCUAGGGAUGUCUCAAGACUAAGCAAAAUUACAUCUUGUCAGGCUUCAAGUAAUGCGUUUGUGUCCGGCAAACCAGUUCAUGGAUUGAUUAGUGUCCUGUGAGUAGCUACCCGUGUGACGCGACUACACAGAGAGACAACUGUUCAUUCAAAACAACAAUGGGGGCUCCUAAAGAUGGAAAAGAGGUUUUCCGCCCUUCUACUGCCUGGUAUUCUGUAAGAGUUUGAUUGACAGAUGGUUCAUCCAAUCACCUGCCAAAUAUUUUUUGAAAGUGCCUGCCCUUUUUCCAAACAGUUUCCAAUGACCGCCUCUCAGAUGUACCAUUGUCACAGUGGCCUUCCUCGUUUACCUGAAGGGUUGUUUGCCUGGACUACAGAGCUCCUCCAGAGGCACAGAGGACAUUAAUCAACAGUCUUCAAAUGCUGAGUAGUUAUCUCCAGCAAAAGUAAACUGACCUGAGUACAUUCAGCUGUACUCUGAUGUUAGGCCCCAUCUUCUGCUUUUCCCCCCAUCUUGUGCAAUCUAUUAAUUAAUCAACAGUUUAACUGUAAAUAUUUUGUGAAACAUUUUGCAGUAAAUCCCUAUGGGAAAUUUGUUAUGCAACCUGUUGAGGUGAGGUUACCUACUAUGGAAGCUGUUUACUGGAACCUGGAAAUAUUGCAUCAAAGGUCUCCUGUCUAACCAAGAAUAAUGUAGUCUAGUUGAGUUCUCAUGUUGUCCAACUAUGCUCCUGAUCAGGACAGUCAUCUCAGGUUAGUUACAUUGUUUUAGUGUCCCAUCCUGUCCUUUUUAAAGCCACUGAUAAAAUAUAAAAAAAACUUUCCCUGCUGUCUAAAAAUUCAUGUUAUACUAUAUUCUCAAAUGACAAUCUAGGACAUCCAGAUGUGUUUGUUACAUAAUGUUGUAUGUAGGGGGAUGUCUGAGGGAAGCUCGCUUCAUAGCAACCAUUCCUUAAAGACCAAAAAAAAAAGUAAUACAGUAAAUGGAUAUAUUUGGUUACUGAAAAUUAUGUGGGAGUAGGCACUGUUUAUUGCUGGGUUAAAGGCAGAGUUGAGGUGUGUGUGCGCUGUGUGGGGGGGUACAUUACAUUGAAGCAGACGGUGAGGGAUAUGACUUGAGUGUGUGAGGUUUGUUUUUUUCACACCAUUCAUGAUAAACUGUAUUGAACGGGCCCAUGUGAUGCUGUACGUUAAAUCGUAUUGUGGCCUUCAGUUCAGCUUUUGAAGUUGGCCGGUUGGUGUAAACCAUGCUUGUUUCCCAACGGCCAAGUGAGGCAAUUUGAGCAUUUUAUAUCCAGGUUGUCUGAUCGUACACAAGGGGUGAUGAAUAAGUCUCCGCAGAUACAAAUAGUCCUGAAGGAUUUUAUUUCCUGAGGUGUGCUCAGCAUGAGGGAAGUGAAAAACGGCAGAGGAUUUGUUUGUCAUGUCGACACCACUGCAGAACAGAACUCUCAAGCAACUGCAUUAUCCUUUUCACCCUGAAUUCAACCCUAAAUUGUCCAAGAAAAAAAGGUUGUUUUACAAGUGCCUGUACAUUUUACAAACUUUUUUGUACAUAUGUAUUUAUUUAUUAUGCCUUUAUUACAAAAUAGCGCGUAUUAAACUAUUGGCCUCGUCUCUUUCAUUGGUGCAAGGGCGAAAGCUGUUUCUGUGAAAAAGAUAAAUUAUUUGUAUAGAUGUGGUAUAGAAGCAUCAUCAAACUAUAAUUUAUUUAUCAUUACCUGCUUUAUCCUGUAACUGUGGUAACAUCUCAGAGCAUAUUGCAAGUUAGAAUACUCAAAGUUAUCAGAAUUUUCCACCCUGCAUCUAUCAGCUGAAAACUUUCUUCCUGUCACACAACUGUGUUUAGAUUUUUUUGUUUUUCCUGUUGCAAAUCAGAAACCUCAUAAUUUUUCAAUACUGCCUUAUCUGGUUCGUAUAUAACCACUUAUUUCUUCUUAUCGGAGAUCCGUGUUAUUGUUGAAUUUAACAUAUAAACACAACAGAUAUAUUUAACUGGAUGGGUGGAUUUCUUUUUUAGUCCCUUUUGCUCUCAACCAAAUGUCUUUUGGAUUUAAGAAGUGCCAAUGGUCUGACUAUUUUAAGGCCAGAAGUCAUUGUGUUUUGAUGUGAUUGAUCAGGUUUUUUCAAAUUAGUGUUUGUCUCAAGGGUUAGGGUUACAUUCACUUGUGUUAUCAUCAUAAAUGCAGUCAGCCAUAUUAAUAAGGUGUAUUUCAUUGUUUGUUAUACAUCCAUCAGAUUGUGUAUAAAGAUGCAGUUACAAAGUAGAUUUUAUACAAAAUAAAAUAACUGCA